ACGAAAUACUCCUUACAAAACCCUGGAGCCAGUCAAACCGCCAACAGUCCCCAAUGAUUACAUGACCAGUCCUGCCAGACUGGGCAGUCAGCACAGUCCAGGAAGGACAGCUUCCUUGAAUCAGCGACCAAGAACACACAGCGGUAGUAGUGGAGGAAGCGGCAGUCGAGAGAAUAGUGGAAGCAGCAGUAUUGGCAUUCCCAUUGCCGUGCCUACACCUUCACCGCCAACCAUUGGACCAGCACACAUUUCUGUUCCUCCUCCUCCUGGAGCCCCGCCAGCACCACCACUGCCACCACCUCUCCCGAUGGGCAGUCUGAUAGCUGCUCCGGGUUCAGCUCCUGGUUCCCAGUAUGGCACAAUGACCAGGCAAAUCUCGCGACACAACUCUACCACUUCUUCAGCAUCUUCUGGUGGAUACAGACGGAAUCCUUCUGUGACUGCCCCAUUUUCUGCUCAACCUCAUGUUAAUGGCGGGCCUCUUUAUUCUCAAAAUUCAAUUUCUAUUGCUCCACCCCCUCCCCCUAUGCCUCAGUUGACUCCACAGAUACCUCUCACAGGCUUCGUGGCCAGGGUGCAGGAAAACAUUGCUGAUAGCCCGACUCCUCCCCCCCCACCGCCUCCCGAUGAGAUGCCAAUGUUCGAUGACUCUCCUCCUCCACCCCCCCCACCUCCCGUGGAUUAUGAGGAUGAGGAGGCAGCUGUUGUGCAGUACAGUGAUCCCUAUGCAGAUGGAGAUCCUGCUUGGGCACCGAAAAACUAUAUAGAGAAAGUUGUUGCUAUAUAUGACUAUACAAAGGACAAAGACGAUGAGCUGUCGUUUAUGGAGGGUGCAAUCAUUUAUGUGAUAAAGAAGAAUGACGACGGCUGGUAUGAAGGAGUUUGCAAUCGAGUAACUGGCUUGUUUCCUGGGAAUUAUGUUGAAUCAAUCAUGCACUAUGCUGAUUAAAAUCCUUUGCUUUUCAAAGUUGGGUCUUGUAUUCAGUCAUACCAUGAUUAUUUACAAGGGGUAACUAAAAGCUAACAGAAUUGUCUUAAUAUACUUUCAAAAAAAUGUGCCCAUUUCUUCAGGCCAUACUGUUUUAAUGGUAUGAUUGAAUGUCCAUCUCUCUCUGGAGACAGUAUGUCCUACCUGAUGGCAAUUUGUAAAACAAGCAGCUGUCUAUAACUGGUUAUACUUAUUUACUUAUGCAUUGUUAAUUUUAUGACCAGCCUAAAUAUUCUGGGGAAGUAGGGUAUAAUAUUUAAUGAACCAUGAUUCAGAUUGUGCCAUUACAUUUUUCAGUACAGCAUGGUAACUAACACUACGUUAGACUAACAUAUUAAAAUCUGGAUGAGAAGUUUAAUGUUAGUGCUGGUCAUAUUACUUUUUGUUUAGACUCUUUGCUCAUUCUUGAACUAUAUUUGUUUAAAGCAUGCAUACAAACUUACGUAUUGAAAUAUACUUUUUUAAAAAUCCAAGAUGCUUCCAAUUGUUGUAAUCUUUACCUGGAGUAUUCUCACUGAAGUCGAUUACAAUGAGUUGUUUGGGUCUAAGGUGUCCAUGUGAAUCAAAAAAUGGGUGGUCUUAUGUACGUGUAAUUUGUACCCAAGUUUUUUUUAAUGAGUAAAUUUACAUUAUGACUUUUUCCAUUCAUAAAUAUAUAAGUGAACCAAA